AUGUCGGCGGAGGUUGCUGUGGACGGGCCGGACAGGAAGAAGAAAAAGCGGGGACACCUGGCGGCGUUGGUCCUGGCCCGGGGCGGCAGCAAGGGGAUCCCACUGAAGAAUAUCCGGGCACUGGCCGGGAAGCCGCUCAUCGCCUGGGUGCUGCGGGCCGCCAUAGACUGCGGACACUUCGAUAGUGUGUGGGUGUCCACAGACCAUGAUGAGAUUGAGAAGGUGGCCAAGCAGUAUGGUGCAAAGGUUCACCGGAGAAGCCCCGAGGUCUCCCAAGAUGCAACCAGCUCCCUGGAGACCAUACAGGAGUUCCUGAAGCAUCACCCAGAGGUAGACAUAGUUGGGAACAUACAAGCCACAUCUCCGUGUCUGCACCCCAACGACCUCAUCAAGGUGGUGGACUUGAUCCAGAACCAAGGCUACGACUCUGUGUUCUCUGUGGUCAGGCAUCAUUUAUUCCGCUGGAAGGAGGUGAAGGCAGGAGAGACAACGGUAGCAGAGAACUUUACCCCAGCACGCCGCCCACGUCGCCAGGACUGGAAAGGAGAGCUUCAUGAGAAUGGAUCCUUUUACUUUGCAACCAGAGAGCUGCUCACUAAGGGAUUACUACAGGAUGGAAAGUUGGCUUACUAUGAAAUGAAGCCGGAGCACAGUGUGGAUAUUGAUAUCGAUCUAGACUGGCCCAUUGCAGAACAAAGGGUUAAAAGGUAUGGCUAUUUUGGCAAGAAUCCGACUGUGGUGAAGCUGUUAGUGUGUAACGUUGAUGGAUGUCUGACAGAUGGGCGAAUCUACGUUAAUCAGGAACAUGAAUUGAUCUCCUACAGCCUGCGGGAUGUAGACGGAAUCCGAAUGUUGCUGGACAAAGAUGUGCAGGUCCGUCUCCUCUCAGAGAGGGACAUCAGUAAAACGUUGGUGUCCAAUCUGAAUCUGCCAUGUUUGAUUGAAGCAAACGUGUCAAAUAAGAAGGAGGUUGUGGAGCGAUGGAUGGGCGAGUUGGGCCUCUCUUCCUGGAGCCAGGUGGCCUACAUGGGUUGCAGUUAUUCUGAUGUGGAGUGCCUGAAGUUGGCUGGGACUCGCGGAGUCCCUGGUGAUGCUUGCACAGCAGUCAAGAUGAUGGACAGCUUCGUCUGCCAGCAUGGAGGCGGCUAUGGAGCCAUUCAGGAGUUUGCUGAUCACGUUAUCACUCUAAUGGAGACCGGAAGAUAA